AUGCCGGCAGUCCCAGCAUCCUUUCAAUUUGUAGACCACUCAGCCAUCGACAAAAAGGCCCGGCGAAGCAUCCGCAGCCAUGUUAUGAAAGGCAGGAAUGUGGGCAAGGUGCGCACUCCACGACGACCGCUGGCCGCUACCGGCGCGGUCGUGGCUAUUGCCUCCAAGCCCAGGGAUGUGAAUCGCGCCCAAGAACUCGCCAUAAGCCACGAAAUCGACUUCUCACUAGCCAGAUCCUCUCCUAAGCUACUCGUCCAGCUUGGAAAUGAGUUGUCGGGCGUCAAGAUGCCAUGCUCAGUAUCGCAUCAUUCAAGGCGGUUUAUCCAUGACUUCAUGUGUUAUGCUGCCGACUCGAUUUAUCCGCCGCAUUUGUGCCUAGAACCAUACGAUAUUGUAAAGGAUAUCUGGAUCAGGUAUAUGUUCAUUGAUGAGGCAUACUACCAUUGCCUUGUCGCUUUGUCUGAAGCAUGUAUCAGUUUUAUAGUCCACCGAGAACAGGACUCGGCUGAGUUUACCCAACAUCUAACGAGAGGGUUGCAACUCGUCAACGCCAAGCUAUCAGGGGUCCACGCCCUCUCGGAUGUAGCCAUAUGUACUGUGAUUUUACUCUGCCUUAUUUCUUCCAUCCGAAAGAUUCCAUCACAGACGAAGGUUCAUUUCGACGGCCUGUGUCGAAUGAUCAAUCUACGGGGCGGUCUACACCACCUUAAAGAAAAUCCAUUUCUCACAGAAAAGGCCCAGCGCCUCGACAUAGAACUGGCCCUCCAACUGGGCUGCCAGACUCAGCUAAGCGCGACAACAAAAAGACUUGACAAUCUUCUCCCCAAUUACUAUGACCCUGCUUUCGAGUCCCCGUCGCUUUUAGCCAACGCCGUGGUACAUGGGGAUCUGAGAGUUUUCAUGAUUACUCAAGAAAUAACCAAGGUGACGCGCAUCUUGAAUGCAACAGUUCCGGCCAGCAGACUAUAUCCACUCGCUUUUCAAGACCUCGUCACACACCUGACUUAUCGCGUGCUCGACAUUGAACCCGUUGAUGGGUGUCAACUUGUCGGUGCUGUCACUAUAGCAGUCCACCGUGGCCUUCUCGCUUUCAUGCUCACUUUUGUAACCCAAAUCAGCCGUCAACGGCGGAUACCUUACCCUGUUCUCAAAAACAGUCUCAAGGACGCUCUGGAUCAUCCUGAAUUCUUAGCUAACGUGGACCCGGCAACUCAUGUUUGGCUACUCAUUGUUGCCGGUAUAUAUGUGCUUGACAAGACUAUGUCCGUUGGCUGGCUUAGACCACGACUGAUGAAAGCCAUGUCGGUCUUCGGCACAACAGACUGGAAAUUUGGCCGUGCGUUGCUGGACAAUUAUCCUUGGGUUGACUCGCUCCACGAUGAAUCAGCUUCUCAGAUUUGGCGCGAUUGUUUUGGGACCACGUCUUUACUCAACAGCUAUUAA